AUGGUCAACAGAUUCAAGGUUGGCAAGAACAAAAAGGCUUCCAAGGCCCCGAAAACCAAGGUGCCUCCCAAGGCCCUUCCAGUGACUUUGCUCUCUGGUUUCCUGGGACCUAACAAGUUUGCCAAGGGAUCUGGUAAAACUACACUGUUGCAGCAUAUUCUGAAGAGCAACCACGGUCUUCGCAUCGCAGUCAUCGUCAACGACAUUGGCGCCAUCAAUGUCGACGCCGCCCUGAUCAAGCAGACACACCGCCUCACAAAGACGAACCAAAAGGUCAUUGCGCUGCAGAAUGGCUGCAUCUGCUGCACCCUCCGCGGCGACCUUCUCGAGGAGCUCGUCCGCCUGGCCCAGCUGCAGAGCUUCGACUACAUCAUCAUUGAGAGCAGCGGCAUCAGCGAGCCGGAGCAGGUCGCCGAGACGUUUGACAAAAGGCUAGCCGAGCAGAUGGCCCAGCUCGUGGACGAGGGCGGCGAGGGCCUCGACCCUGACAUGUUGAGGGUGCUUGAGCAGCUCAAGGAAGUUGGCGGUCUGGAAAAGUUUGCCAAGCUGGACACCACAGUCACAGUCAUUGAUACGUUUACCAUGCUGCACGACUUUGAUACGGCCGACCUAAUCUCCAGUCGCCGAGACGAUGUCACCCCGGAAGAUGAGCGCACCGUCUCUGAUCUCAUGGUCGACCAAAUUGAAUUUGCCGACAUAAUUAUUCUGAACAAAAUCGACAUGGUCUCCAAGGAAACAAGAACCCGCAUCGUGGACCUUGUCAAGAAGCUCAACCACCGCGCCAAGAUUAUGGAAUCCAGCUACGGCAAGGUGGAUGUCAAGCAGCUCGUCAACACGGGGCUGUUCAAGAUGGACGUUGCGCAGACAGGCUACGGCUGGCUGCAAGACCUGCACGCCAUGACCGUGCGCGAAGUCAAUGGCAAAAAGGUCGUCACCCCCAAGCCCGAGACGGAAGAGUACAACGUCCAGAGCUUCAUCUACUCCCGGCAGCGGCCCUUUCACCCCCGCCGUCUCUUUGCCCUCCUCUACGACAAGUUUAUCCUGCAGCUCGAGCAGCCCGAGGAUGACGAGGACGAGGAUGAGGACGAGGAAGACGACGACGGGGAUGAAGAUGAGGAGAUGGAAGACGUCGAGCAGGACGAUGCUCAGAGCAUCGGCUCCUCCAGCGGCUCAGCCCAAGAAGGCUCCGCCUACUCGGCCGGCAGCUCCCACUCCACCGCGCGCACGAUCCCGUCCCCUCCGCCCUCCGAAAAGCAAAAGCCCCUCCUCUCCACACAAACACCGGCCGCCGCCGCCGACACGGCGGAAGACCCCAGCAUGGCCGUGGACCCGCUCGACAUGCCGCCCAACGAGGUGAUUCUGGCCAACAAGCGGGCGCACGCGACCUUUUCGCGGCUGUUCCGGUCCAAGGGCGAGUUCCUGCUGGCGACGCGGCCGCACCGGGCGGGGGACUGGUCGCAGGCGGGCGCCAUGCUGACGCUCGCCGGCGGGCGGCCGUGGUUCUGCACGCUGCCGGCCGACGAGUACACGACGGGCGACGCCGAGGUCGACGCGCUCGUGCAGCACGACAUGGCCAAGGGCGGCGAGUGGGGCGACCGCCGCCAGGAACUCGUCUUCAUCGGCGAGCGCCUCGACCACGCCGCCGUCGAGGCCCUGCUCGACCGCUGCCUGCUGACCGACGCCGAGUGCGCCGACUGGGAGCGCGUCAUGCGCGACCCGGCGCAUGGGGACGACUUGGGCGCGUUGAAGGAGGCUCUUCAGGAGCUGUUUGAUGACGGCUUUCCGGACUGGGCGGGCGAGCCCGGUGAGGAGGAUGACGAGCAUGCUGGGCAUAAUCAUGGCCCGGGCAUGGGCGGGCUGCGGUCGAUUAAGCAGGUCUUUGAGGAGGUUUCGUGA